UUUUCAUACUUGUUCAAAUAGCGACUCAUGUAUGAACAAUCAUCACCCAAUCAUUCCUUUUUCUUUACAUUAUCCUAACUUUCUCUUAACUUUUUGUUCACCACAACCAAACGAAACAAUAACACCACCAAAACAUCAUCGGUCACUCUUAGUGAUCAAGUACAAGGCAUGAAUCGAAACUACCUUCUAAUGUUUCGAGAUCAUGUUUUUCGAUUACCAAGUGGCUUUACCAAGCCAGUGGCGUACUUUAUAAUUCUCUUCUUGUCGUAUUACCUCGGCUACUUAUCGGCCCUUUCAAAGAACAAUCCAUCGUAUGAUCCGCAUCAUACACCACCACCAAAAGCCACGGAUAUUGACCACUACCAAUUCCAAUCUCAGUGUGCUGACCCAGUUCCAUCCCAACUCGUACGUCAAACAAUCCUAACCCGUUUGUUUAAUGGGACAUCCCCUUAUCGAAAUUUCCCUGAGCCCCAUAUCAAACCUCUCUUACGUCGUAAGAGAAUUAAAGGUUGGGGGUCAACCGGUCCGGUUUUUAAAAACAUUAUUCAUAAAGUAAAACCCAAAAUCAUAAUAGAAGUAGGCACUUUUUUAGGUGCCUCUGCUAUUCACAUGGCUGAGCUGACUAGUCAGCUCGGCCUAAAUACACAAAUUCUAUGCAUAGAUGAUUUUCGUGGUUGGCCCGGGUUACCAAGUCAGUUUCGAGAUAUUAAAAUGAUAAAUGGUGACUCCAUGUUGUUGUACCAAUUCAUUCAAAAUGUUGUUUAUAUGAACGCAACCGAAUCCAUUAUUUUCUUGCCAUUCUCGACUGGGUCAACUCUAGAGAGGCUUUGCGAGUGGGGUGUGUUUGCGGACAUGAUUGAAGUCGAUGCGGGCCAUGAUUUUCAUUCAGCUUGGUCAGAUAUUAAUCGGGCAUAUAAGUUGUUAAGGCCCGGUGGGGUUAUUUUCGGGCAUGAUUAUUUUACUGUUGCGGAUAAUAGAGGUGUUAGAAGAGCAGUUAAUAUGUUUGCUCGGGUCAAUCGUUUGCGAGUCAAGGCUGAUGGUCAACAUUGGGUACUUGAAUCGUCAUAGCAUAGUCUACACUUCGUGCAUACACAUUUGAUGUAAAUGUACUUUAAUGGUGAUCUUUAAGGAUACACAUGUUUAUAAUCA